AUGCGGAAGGACACCCGCGAGUUUGUGGACCUGCACGUGCUGUGGAAAUGCUCCGCGAGCAACCGCAUCGUUGGUGCUAAAGGACCACGUGUGCUUGACAAGGUCACCGGCAGGUUUAACGGACAGUUUAAAAACUACACCAUCUGUGGGAUGUGCAGGAUGGGCGAGUCAGAUGAUGCUACUCUGCAAUUAGCAAAGGCUGAUGGCAUUGUCUCAAAGAGCCUCUGA